AUGAACUACUUGUUUGUAAAUAUUUUACAAGAUAGAAAUUUGAUAGGACUUGCUGGGCCUAAUACUUGUGACCCUUAUGUUGAAGUGAAACUCGGAAACUAUAAGGCCACGACUAGAUUCCUUCAGAAGAAGUCAAACCCUGAAUUGUAUCAAGUUUUUGCUUUUAAGAAAGAACACAUUCAAACAGCUGAGUGGAGUUGUUUGGCACCACAAUGGUAUAAAUUGGAGGAUAAGAACAAGAAGGUUACAGCAGAGACUUGGUAUCUUAGAGUUAAUGUGAUUCAAGCUCAAGACUUGGCACUUAGAGAUAAGAAUAUGAAAGACCUAGAAAUCUUUGUGAAGGCUACACUUGGGACUAUGGUUGUGAGGAGUAAAGUAUCGCCAAAGAAGAAUGUGAAUCCCACACGGAAUGAAGACAUUAUGUUUGUUGCAGCAGAACCUUUUGAUGAUUCUUUGGUUUUGAGUAUAGAGAAUAAGUUGCAUCCAAAGAAGAAGGAAAGUGUGAGUUUAGGGAGGUAUGUAAUGGCUUUGUCAAAUGUGCAAAAAAUGAUGAAUAAUGCACCUGCAUCUAGCAAGUGGUAUAAUCUUGAUAUGUUAGAAGAAUUAAAGACUGAACAAAAGCAAGUCAAGUUUGCUAGUAAGCUUAAUAUGAGGAUAUCUUUGGAUGGUGGGUACCAUGUUCUUAAUAAGUGCACCCAAUAUAGCAGUGAUCCUAGGCCCACUGCAAAACCAUUGUGGAGACCUGUUAUUGGUGUUUUGCAUUUGGGAAUCUUGAAAGCUACUGGGCUGCCAGAAAUGAAACCAAUGGAGAAGCGCAUAGAUGCAUGUUGUGUGGCUAAAUAUGGUUCACGUUGGGUGUAA